CCCGCGGCAUCGUCCAGCGGCGAAGUGUGUAGCAAUCGACCUCCGGGAAUGUUGAAAACGUCUUGGAUCUGCCGAAGCUGUCUGGCUCGCCUCGCUCGGCCGGCUUUCGGAGGGCAGGUGCGACUUCAGUCCUCAGCUGCUGCACCAGCAACCGUCCCUCCAGCACUGCUCACGCGCGCCCGGGGAAUCGCGCUCGAGCACAAGCACUUGACGGAAAAACUCGCAAGUGGCUUCGAUACGCGCGCGGCGAAGAGGGUGGGCGAGUGUGGCCCCAUCGUGGAUGCACUGGGUGCAUGGGAGCAGGCACACGAGUCUGUGGCAGAGCUCACGUCCCUGAUACAAGACCCCAGCAGCGAUGCUGAGCUGCGCGAAUUGGCCGCCGACGACCUCGGAGCGACACGCGAACAACUUCAGACCGCAUCGCAAAGUCUCAUUACGUCGCUCGUCCCGGUACAUCCUUUUGCCCACCUGCCAUGUCUCUUGGAAAUAAGGCCCGGGGCUGGUGGCUCUGAGGCGGCCAUAUUCGCUGGUGACCUUCUGCGCAUGUACCAAGGCUUCUGCAACCGGAACGGCUUCCGCGCUACACUGCUCAAAUACGAGAACACGAAUGGCACCCAGGAAGCUGGCGUUCCGCUGUCUGAGGCUAUCCUCGAGAUCGACCAGGAGAACGCGUACGGUGUGUUCCGCUGCGAAGCUGGCGUGCAUCGCGUGCAGCGCGUCCCAGCUACCGAAAAGAGCGGUCGCACCCACACCAGCGCGGCAUCAGUGCAUGUGCUGCCCAGCUUGCAGGAGAACAGCGCUGCGUCCGAGGAUUUCGACAAUCCUGAGAGCGACUACUACAUCGAUGUCAAGGAGGUGCGACUAGAAGUUAUGAGAGCCAGCGGCGCCGGCGGGCAGCACGUCAACAAGACCGAGUCGGCAGUGCGUUUGACGCACAUACCUACCAACACCGUGGUGUCGAUGCAGGACUCUAGGUCGCAAAUCAAGAACAAGGAGAAGGCUUGGGCCCUUCUACGUGCUCGAAUUGCCCAGGUACGGCGAGAGAAGCGAGAAGAAGAAAUGGUGGCCAUGCGACGCAGCGUCGUGGGCGUCGCCAAGAUGGGUCGCGGAGACAAGAUUCGGACAUACAACUAUGGCCAGCAGAGGGUUACGGACCACAGGAGUGGCACAACGGUGCUAAACUUGGACGACGUGGUGGCGGGCGGACAGGCAUUGGAGGAUAUAAUGGAAAGCGUGAGGACCUGGCUCAUGGAGCAAGACGUUAAAGCCCUCGUAGCUGAAGAAUCUGAGACAAAGAAGUAGCAUUGCGAACAAUUCCAAGGACCCGCGCGGCAAGGUUUCUGAUACC